AUGGCCCUGUCCUUCUGUGGAAAUGACACCGCUGAAGCUUACAACGUCGACAGUGGCGUCCUAAACAACGGCUGCUUCGUGGAUGCUCUUAAUCUAGUGCCUCAUGUCUUCCUGCUCUUCAUCACUUUCCCCAUAUUAUUUAUCGGUUGGGGAAGCCAAAGUUCAAAGGUUCAGAUCCACCAUAACACAUGGUUGCACUUCCCUGGACACAGUUUACGAUGGAUUCUCACAUUCAUUCUCCUCUUUGUCCUUGUGUGUGAAAUUGCAGAGGGAAUGGUUUCAGAUCGAAAAAUGGACACUCACCACCUGCAUCUAUUUAUGCCUGCUAGCAUGGGAUUCAUAGCUGCGAUUACAUCUAUUGUGUACUAUCAUAAUAUUGAAACUUCCAACUUUCCAAAGUUAUUAUUAGCUCUUUUUAUAUACUGGGUCCUGGCUUUCAUCACAAAAACUAUUAAGCUGGUGAAGUACUGUGAUCACGGAGUGAAUAUGACCCAGCUACGGUUUUGUAUCACACUUAUGUUGGUCUUUCUUUACGGCUCACUGAUGGCUAUUGAAGUAAAUGUGAUCAUAUUCCGGAAAUAUGUGUUCUUUGCAAACCCAAAAAAAGUUAAACCGCCUGAAGAUUUGCAAGACCUGGGUGUGAGAUUCCUGCAGCCAUUUGUCAAUUUGCUAUCAAAAGCAACGUACUGGUGGAUGAACACACUCAUCAUUUCAGCCCACAAGAGGCCAAUAGACCUAAAAACCAUCGGCAAGCUCCCCAUAGCCACAAGGGCUCUCACUAACUACAUGCGCCUGAAAGAUGCUUAUGAAGAGCAGAAGAAAAAUGCACAUUUCCCAGGCGAGCAGCCUCCGUCGAUAUGGCAUUCCAUGUACAGGGCGUACGGUCGACCAAUCUUUCUUAGCAGCACUUUCCGCUACUUGGCUGACCUUCUAGGUUUUGCUGGCCCCCUCUGUAUCUUUAAAAUUGUCGACCACCUGAGCAAGACCAGCAAAUCGAGUAGCCCUGUUAACGAAACCAUUACCAUGGUGGGCAACACAAGUCAGACAGAUAAAGUAAUAUUUAUGGGCGUUUAUUUCGUGUCAUCAAAGGAAUUUUUGGAGAAUGUUCAUGUUCUGGCAGUGUUGCUGUUCCUCGCCCUCAUAUUACAGAGAACGUUUUUACAAGCAUCCUACUAUGUGGCCAUAGAAACAGGCAUCAAUUUGCGUGGAGCCUUACUGGCUAUGAUCUACAACAAGAUUCUCCGUCUCUCCACCUCCAAUAUGUCAAUGGGGGAAGUGACCUUGGGCCAGAUCAAUAACCUUGUUGCCAUCGAAACAAACCAGUUGAUGUGGUUCCUAUUCCUCUGUCCUAAUCUGUGGGCCAUGCCAGUUCAGAUUAUCAUGGGUGUAAUCUUGUUAUAUUACAUGUUGGGUAUCAGUGCGCUGAUUGGUGCUUCUGUCAUAGCCCUGCUUGCUCCUUUGCAGUAUUUCAUAGCAACUAAGUUCACUGAUGCACAGAAAAGCACUCUGGACUACUCCACAGAAAGACUGAAGAAUACCAAUGAGAUCUUAAAAGGGAUUAAACUUUUGAAACUUUAUGCCUGGGAACAUAUUUUCUGCAACAACGUGGAAAAGACUAGAAUGCAGGAGUUAACCAGUCUCAAGAGUUUUGCACUUUACACAUCCUUAUCCAUAUUUAUGAAUGCAGCAAUACCGAUUGCAGCAGUGUUGGCGACUUUUUUGGCAUACACCCACAUCAAUUCGGAGAAACUGUCUUCCGCUGUGGCCUUUACUUCAUUGUCUCUAUUCAACAUCUUGGUGACCCCACUUUUUCUGCUCUCCACUGUAAUCAGAUUCACAGUUAAAGCCCUGGUCAGCCAACAGAAGUUGAAAGAAUUCCUGAUGAGCGAUGAGAUUUCAGAUGAUGGCUUUCGGGGUGGUGAGACCUCAUUGAAUGUAGAGACAUGCAAAAAACAUUCAGGAGUCCACACAAAGGCCUUCAACAGGAGACAGCCCCUGAAGGACCAGCUGGAAGGUUUCGAGCAGCCACUGAGGAGGUACAUUCGGUCCAGGGAGCUAGAAGAUGUGUCAGUCAAGGUUACUGAUGGGUCCUUUUCUUGGGGUAGUGGCAUGGCAACUCUGUCCAACAUCAGCAUCAGAAUUCCAACAGGUCAGCUGACAAUGAUUGUUGGUCAAGUGGGAUGCGGAAAGUCUUCACUUCUCCUUGCUACUCUCGGAGAAAUGUUGAAAGUUUCUGGGAAAGUUUACUGGAGCAAAGAACCUGCAAAUGAGAUGAACCAUGAUGCAACACCAAGUGCGCAUGAGGUUGAGCCUGUGUUCGAGGUGACUGGGAGAAGCCGAACCUCUGUUGCUUAUUCUGCUCAGAAGCCCUGGCUCCUAAAUACAACAGUAGAAGAAAACAUCACGUUUGGGAGCCCCUUUAUAAAGCAAAGGUACAAAGCUGUCAUUGAUGCCUGCUCCCUUCAGCCUGACAUUGACCUGUUACCAUUUGGAGACCAAACUGAGAUCGGAGAGAGGGGAAUUAACCUGAGUGGAGGUCAGAAGCAGAGAAUCAGUGUGGCUCGAGCCCUGUAUCAAAACACAAGUACAGUAUUCCUGGAUGAUCCAUUCUCUGCGUUGGAUAUUCACUUGAGUGAUCACCUCAUGCAGGAAGGAAUCCUCAAAUUUCUCCGUGAAGACAAGCGAACUAUAGCUCUGGUAACACAUAAGCUGCAGUACCUGACCCAUGCUGACUGGAUAAUUGCUAUGAAAGAUGGCACCAUCAUAAGGGAAGGCACAUUGAAGGACUUUCAGAACCAUGAUGUAGAGCUGUACGAGCAAUGGAAGACACUCAUGAAUCGACAGGAUCAGGAAUUUGAAAAAGAGACUGAAGGUGAAAGUCAAACAAUUCUAGAAAGAAAAACCUUACGAAGGGCAAUGUAUUCACGGGAAGCCAAAGCUCAGUUGGAUGAUGAGGAUGAAGAAGAGGAUGAAGAAGAAGAUGAUGAGGAUAACAUGUCAACAGUUAUGAGGCUUCGAACAAAAAUGCCGUGGCGAGCUUUCUGGAGAUAUCUGACCUCAGGAGGAUUCCUUCUGCUGUUUUCGCUGAUUAUCUCCAAGUUGCUAAAACAUUCUGUCAUGGUGGCUAUUGACUAUUGGCUCGCACACUGGACAAGCUUAAAACAAACAAGUGAAACAAGUACAAUAACUGACAUGAGUGACCAAAAUUACUACAAAAUGUGGUACAGCAUCUUGUGCAGUGUUGGGAUUGUACUGUGCCUCAUCACGUCCCUAACUGUGGAGUGGAUGGGCUUAACAGCUGCUAAAAAUCUUCACCAUAAUCUUCUCAACAAGAUCAUCCUAGCACCUGUGAGGUUCUUUGACUCAACACCUUUAGGUCAAAUUCUCAACCGUUUCUCUGCUGACACAAAUAUAAUAGAUCAGCAUAUCCCACCGACACUGGAGUCCUUAACUAGAUCAACCUUCCUCUGCCUGUCAGCAUUAGGGGUGCUCUUGUAUGUCACACCAAUCUUCUUUACAGCUUUGCUGCCCUUUGUUGUUGCCUUUUACUUCAUACAGAAGUACUUCCGGGUUGCCUCAAAGGAUCUUCAGGAACUCGAUGACAGUACACAAUUGCCUCUAUUGUGCCACUUCUCCGAAACGGCAGAAGGACUUACAACAAUCCGUGCAUUCCGACAUGAGACCAGGUUUAAGCAGCGUAUGCUGGAGCUCACAGAUGCCAACAACAUCGCCUACUUGUUCCUGUCAGCAGCUAACAGAUGGUUGGAGGUCAGAACGGACUAUCUUGGUGCUUACAUUGUCCUCACUGCUGCUCUCGCUUCCAUAACAUAUUCCCAUCACUAUGGUCUUUCAUCUGGUUUUGUGGGAUUUGGCCUUACCUAUGCAUUAACGGUUUGUAAUUACCUUAACUGGGUAGUGAGAAAUCUCGCUGAUUUGGAAGUGCAGAUGGGAGCUGUGAAGAAGGUCAACAGUUUCCUGAAUAUUGAGAGUGAAAAUUAUGAAGGAACUAUUGACCCUUCCCAAGUUCCAGAAGACUGGCCACAGCAAGGAGAGAUAAAGAUUCAGGAUCUCUGUGUUCGAUAUGACCCAGCUCUCAAACCUGUUCUUAAGCACGUCAAAGCCUACAUCACACCAGGUCAAAAGGUUGGGAUAUGUGGGCGUACUGGCAGUGGAAAGUCUUCCCUAUCCCUGGCUUUCUUCAGAAUGGUGGAUAUAUUUGAAGGUAAAAUCAUCAUUGAUGGAAUAGACAUCAGCAAGCUCCCUCUUCACACUCUGCGCUCCAGACUUUCCAUUAUUUUGCAAGACCCUGUUCUUUUUAGUGGAUCCAUUCGCUUUAACUUGGAUCCAGAGUGCAAGUGCACUGAUGACAGACUCUGGGAGGCAUUAGAGAUAGCUCAACUAAAGAACAUGGUCAAAUCGUUGCCGGGAGGGUUAAAUGCCAUGGUAACUGAAGGUGGAGAGAACUUCAGUGUUGGGCAGAGACAGCUCUUCAGUUUAGCCAGAGCAUUUGUCCGGAAGAGCAGCAUUCUGAUCAUGGAUGAGGCUACAGCAUCCAUCGACAUGGCCACAGAGAGCAUUUUGCAGAAAGUAGUAAUGACAGCCUUUGCUAAUUGCACUGUGGUGACAAUUGCACAUCGUGUACACACCAUACUAACUGCCGACCUGGUUAUCGUAAUGAAACGGGGAAACAUUCUUGAAUAUGAUAAACCUGAAAGUCUCCUGGCCCAUGAAGGUGGCAUCUUUGCAUCUUUUGUUAAAGCUGAUAUGUAAAUCUUCCGGAGAUCUCACUUUGCAAGUUGAUGGUUUUUUCUCUCCCUCUGCAACCACAGUUUUGUAUUUUUUAUAUAAAGUUUACAAGUCUUCCUUAAAACAGAACAUGUUUUUAUGCACUGUCUCUAAGAAAAGCAAAGUUGCCAUUGUCUUGUUAUAGCUCAUCUCCUGCAAAAUGUCACACCACCUGUUAUAAACAGCCUUUUAAUUCUAGAGCCUACACAUCCAUUAACCUUUACACAAGUGCAAGCUUCUGCAAGCCACAAUGCAAAAUUGAGGGUAGUAUCACCGAUCAUAAACAAAUGGAUUUAUGCAAACCUUUUAGAACUGCAUAUUGAAAUG